AUGUGCCGAUUUCUGAUCUACAAGGGGCUUAACGAGAUUCGCCUCAGCAAACUUGUCACGGAACCAAGUCAUUCUAUUCUUACUCAGUCAUAUGACUCUAGGUUACGAUUGGAUAAUCGGCGGCCUGUCAAUGGCGAUGGAUUUGGUGUAGGAUUCUACACUGACCCUAAACUUGGUCCCGAGCCCUGCAUCUUCACAUCAACGCUUCCAGCUUGGAACUGCGAGAACCUAGAACGCCUAGCUUCCAAGACCUGCUCCAACCUGAUCUUCGCACAUGUGCGUGCCACCACUGAGGGUGCUUUGGCCGACAACAACUGCCACCCAUUCCAGCACCAGACUCUCAUGUGGAUGCACAACGGUGGUAUCGGUGGAUUCCAGUACAUCAAGCGACCCUUGGCCGACUCAUUGGCCGACAAGUGGUACUUGGGCGUUAAGGGCGGCACCGACAGCGAGUGGUCUUUUGCGCUGUUCCUUGAUCUUCUUGAGAAAGAAGGCGUGGAUCCAAGCUCGGAUCCAGGACCGGAGGGUUUUGGCCAGGCCGUUUUGCGACGCGUCAUGAUGAAAACAAUUGCAAAGAUCAAUGAGCUUGUGAAAGAGGUUCCUCAGAAGCACAACGUAUCCAAUUUGGAGACCAGGAGUCUUCUCAAUUUUGCUGUGACGGACGGCCAUACUGUGGUUUGCACGCGGUAUAUUAGCAGCAAGACCGACGAGCCUGCUAGUUUAUACUUCUCGUCUGGGACGAAGUGGAAAGAGGGCAAGACGAAGGGUCAUUUUAAAAUGGAGCGCCAUGACAAGGGGGCUGAUAUUGUGUUGGUGGCAAGCGAACCUAUCACUUUCGAACGACGUGAGAUCCCCUUGUCAAUUUCUCGACUCUCAUUGAAACUUGUGAAAUUGAAUACUUACGUUUUUGCAGACAACUGGGUUUCGGUGCCAGCCAAUUCGGUGGUCACCAUUCACAAGCAGACCGUUAUGCUGCACCCCAUUCUAGACGAGUUCUAUAGCGAAGACCUUAAUCACGACAGAUCGUCCUGUUACGCCAGCUCCAAGGGUCUGGUCAGUACUGCACCAGCCACGACGGUCCCACCGCCAGAUACCGAAACCUACGGACCCAGUGCCGUCGGCGGCAGCAACGGGGUUGUACUGGAUGUGCCCCGGUCAGGCCACGUCUCAGCUUGCGCGGUAACACACUGA